GUAAAGAUAUCUAUGAAGUUUGAAGACACAUCUGAAAAAACAAUUUAAAUAUUUUUCUUUGCGUGCGUCAUAGAUUGGUCAUAUCUGAAAAAAACGGUUCUUUUAAGCGGCUAAUCAAAUUCGUUUUAACAAAUAACAUUUAGAAUGUGUGGUGUUAUAUGCGGUUUUCUUAAGGGUACAGGAAAGGUUGCGUGUUGCUGCCUCGAAUGUGCCGUGACUCUGCUACUCGGCAUACUUUGUACAGUGAUCAUAGUAGUUCUCAUAAUUGGUCUUAUCGUAUAUUUCACAGUAUUUCACAAUAAGGGCUCCGAUAAGAAAGUGGUAGAAGAGAUGAUAACGGCUGCUCCGUUAACAUUUAGGGACUUCUUCCAGUAAUGCAAUUAAAAGUGAUAUAGCGUCAAAAAACCGGAUAAAGAUAUGUUGUGCAAUUGAUUUUGUUUUUACUUAAUUAUCAUUAUUGAAAAUUACUGUUUAUAUUUACAUGAUUCUAUUAGUUAUAUAUACUGUUGUAGCAUAUAGAAUUAUUUAAAUGAAGAUUAUGAAAAUGUUUACAUGAAAUUUAAAUAAAUGGU